CAUUUUUUUCCUAUUCGGGUAUCAUGUGGGUUUGAUUUAGAACAGUGCCUUAUGGGUAUUUUUGUCAAACCCACUGAUCCUUCUACUUCUAAACGACGUACUCCCGCGAAGAUUAACGACCCACCACCAUAUCCUCUAUUUGCGAUAACAGGAUAAGACACGCACAAACGCUCACGAGAUUGCAUUAGCCAAAAAUGGCGUCUCCACGAGUAUCCACCGGCGGUUUCAAACCCUUCCUCGCUCCUCUCGAGCCUCCUGUGCGCAGUUUCAGCUCCGGCAUUCUUCGCCGCGGAUUCCGAACUUCGUCCAUGGCGACGGGUAGGAGGAGACUGUCCCACCGCCGUCUGGCGGUUGGGGCGUGUCUUAGUCGCCGCUAUUUUAUCGCCGAUUCUGCCGCCGCCGCUUCUCUCCUUCCUUUUCUGCGGAGCUCCCCAAGCAGCGAGCAGCUGUCGGAGUGGGAGAGGGUUUACCUGCCUGUCGACCCAGGCAUAGUGCUUCUAGACAUCGAUUUUGUAACCGACGACCUCAAACACGGCUUUUUGUUGGGGACUAGACAAACUAUUUUGGAAACUAAGGAUGGAGGAAACACUUGGGUAUCACGAUCAAUUCCUUCAGCCGAAGAGGAAGAUAUCAAUUAUCGGUUCAAUGCAAUUAGCUUCAAAGGGAAGGAGGGUUGGAUUGUAGGAAAACCAGCCAUCUUGUUGCAUAGUUCUGAUGCUGGGGAAAAUUGGGAGCGGAUACCAUUAAGUUCUCAAUUACCUGGUGAUAUGGUAUACAUAAAAGCGACAGGUGAAAACAGCGCAGAAAUGGUAACUGAUGAAGGCGCUAUAUAUCUUACGUCAAAUAAAGGUUUUAACUGGAGGGCUGCUGUGCAGGAAACUGUAUCUGCUACACUCAAUAGAACAGUUUCCAGUGGCAUUAGUGGAGCUAGCUACUAUACAGGAACAUUUAACACAGUGAAUCGUUCUCGGGAUGGAUGUUAUGUUGCUGUUUCAAGCCGUGGUAACUUCUAUAUGACCUGGGAACAUGGGCAGCCCUACUGGCAGCCACAUAAUAGGGUAGCGGGUAGAAGAAUCCAAAACAUGGGGUGGAGAGCUGAUGGCGGCCUUUGGCUACUUGUACGUGGCGGAGGAUUAUAUCUUAGCAAAGGAACAGGGUUAACAGAGGAAUUUGAAGAAGUACCUACACCAAGCCGUGGUUUUGGCAUUCUUGAUGUUGGUUAUCGUUCACAGGAUGAGGUUUGGGCAUCUGGCGGGAGUGGGGUUUUGUUGAAAUCCACAGACAAUGGGAAGACAUGGAUUCGCAACAAAGCUGCUGAUAAAAUUGCAGCUAAUCUCUAUUCAGUCAAGUUUAUCAACGAGGAACAAGGUUUUGUACUGGGAAAUGAUGGUGUAAUGUUAAAGUAUCUUGGUUAGACAAGUGGUUUCAACCCGGCAAUGGGUUGAAGCAAAUUCUCCUUUCCUGGGUCGUAGCAGGUUUGCCAUGUUCAAUUUUUCAUUGUUCGACAUUUUAGAAUGCAGAGAGCAUUACAAUGUUAAACAACUGUGGUGGGAUUAAAAUUCAACAUUACCAUUGGGUAUGAGAGAAAAUCAUUGAACGGCUACGGCAGGUUCUGUUGUACAAUCAAUGAAAUAUUUGUAACAUGUAUGCAAUUGCUUUUUAUUUAUAAAAACCAGUUGAGAUUUUUGUAUUGUUACUUUUUGGUUUUUCUUCAUAUACUCCGUAUUAACUUUGUCCUUGUUAAAGGAAAGAAGAUUAUGUAUAUAUUACUCUUAUGCUUAUGGUAGUUU